AUGGUUGUCUUGGUGACCGCUGCUAACGGUCCGGGUCGCAGAGAUUCCUUGUUGUGUGGCUGCCACCUGAGCUGCAGACUGGAGACGCUUUGGGUCCCCCGAAGUGGCAGAGAAAAUUGAAUUAGAAAAGAAAAUUGACCCAUAAUAAUAAAAAAUGUCUCGAAAAAUUCCUAAGGAGUCAAAAAAAGUGAACAUUUCUAGUUCUUUGGAAUCUGAAGAUAUUAGUUUAGAAACAACGAUUCAUACAGAUGAUAUUUCCUCACCAGAAGAUCGAGAGGGUAAAGUCAAAAUCACCAGGCAGAUAAUUGAACGAAAAGAAUUACUUCAUAAUAUUCAACUACUGAAAAUAGAGCUAUCCCAGAAAAAUAUGAUGAUUGACAAUUUGAAAAUGGAUUAUCUUACAAAGAUUGAAGAAUUGGAGGAGAAACUUAAUGAUGCACUUCACCAGAAGCAGCUCCUAACUUUGAGAUUAGAUAACCAACUGACUUUUCAACAGAAGGACGCUAAAAAAUAUCAAGAACUAGUGAAACAAGAAAUGGAAACCAUUUUAUUGAGACAGAAACAGCUAGAAGAGACAAAUCAUCAGCUAAGAGAGAAAGCUGGAGAUGUUCGUCGAAACCUGCGUGACUUUGAGUUGACAGAAGAGCAAUAUAUGAAACUAAAAGCUUUUCCUGAAGAUCAGCUUUCUAUUCCUGAAUAUGUAUCUGUUCGGUUCUAUGAACUAGUGAAUCCAUUGAGAAAAGAAAUCUGUGAACUACAUGUGAAAAAGAAUGACCUAUCAGAAGAAUUAAAUACAAAUAAAGUCCAACUGAAGCAACUGACAGAGACAUAUGAGGAAGAUCGAAGAAACUACUCUGAACUUCAAAUUAGAUGUCAGCGUUUGGCCUUAGAAUUAGCAGAUACAAAACAACUGAUUCAGCAGGGAGACUACCGUCAAGAAAACUAUGAUAAAGUUAAGAGUGAGCGUGAUGCACUUGAACAGGAAGUACUUGAUUUUAGGAGAAAACAUGAAAUACUUGAAGCCACUCACAUUACUCAAGUUAAAGAAAGAAGUGAAUUAUCAAAAGAGGUGACCACCUUACAGCAGACGGUUACUUUACUGCAGAAGGAUAAAGAAUAUCUCAACCGCCAAAACAUGGAGCUCAGUGUACGCUGUGCCCAUGAAGAGGACCGCCUAGAGAGGCUGCAGGCUCAGCUCGAAGAGACCAAACGGGCUAGAGAAGAGAUGUAUGAAAAAUACGUGUCAUCCAGAGACCAUUAUAAAACAGAAUAUGAAAGUAAACUACAUGAUGAACUGGAACAAAUCAGAUUGAAAACUAACCAAGAAAUCGAUCAGCUUCGAAGUGCCACUAGGGAAAUGUAUGAACGAGAGAACAGAAAUCUCCGAGAAGCAAGGGACAAUGCUAUGGCUGAAAAGGACCGUGCAGUAAUGGCUGAAAAGGAUGCUUUAGAAAAACAUGAUCAGCUCUUGGAUCGAUACAGAGAAUUACAACUUAGUACCGAAAGCAAAGUAGCAGAAUUUCUCCAUCAAAGUAAAUUAAAGUCUUUUGAAAGUGAGCGGGUUCAACUUCUGCAAGAGGAAACUGCAAGAAAUCUCACACAGUGUCAGCUGGAAUGUGAAAAAUACCAGAAAAAAUUAGAGGUUUUAACUAAAGAAUUUUACAGUCUCCAAGCCUCUUCUGAAAAACGCAUUACUGAACUUCAAGCACAGAACUCUGAACAUCAGGCAAGGCUAGACAUUUAUGAGAAGUUGGAAAAAGAGCUCGAUGAAAUAAUAAUGCAAACUGCAGAAAUUGAAAAUGAGGACGAGGCUGAAAGGGUUCUUUUUUCCUAUGGCUAUGGUGCUAAUGUUCCCACAACAGCGAAAAGACGACUGAAGCAAAGGUAA